GAAUGAUAUGAAAAUAUGGAAGAUACGUCACUCUCGUUAUGGUUCCAUGGUGGUUGCUGUUGAGUGUUGAUGGAGAUAUAACAAAAAAGUUUAGUAAGAAAAAAAAGACUACAACACACUAUCAAGUUCAAGAUUCUCUUCCACUAAACUUCAACUAAUCACAUGGCUGCAAAGCUUCUGCAUACAUUGGCAGAUGAAAACUCUGAUCUGCAGAAGAAGAUUGGAUGUAUGAAUGGGAUUUUCCAACUCUUUGAUCGCCACCAUCUUCUUACAAACCGGCGUAAAAGUCACGUUUUAGGUAAUCAUAAUAACUCUUUGUGUGCCUUCUUAGAUCGUGUCUCUUACUCGUUGACCUGUAAUGCACAUGUCAAUAGUAUCACCUUUGAAACUAACAAGGGCAGUGCUACUAGCGAGAAACUAACAAGGGUAUCAACAGAGUCUUCAAGGGUAUCUUUCUCAUCUUCGUGUUCAUCAUCUUCACUGUUGUCUUCUGAGCUCAACAGAGAAGAAGCUCAACCUGAAAUAUCACCAUAUGACCGGGUCAUUUUUCCAGAGUCUCCCCCGAGUGAUCCAGUGAUGAGCCGAGGAGAUGGGUUUGCUGCUGCACAUAUGGGACUUGAUCUUAGAGAUGUUGUUAGAGACUCUAUGUAUAGAGAACUUAGAGGGCUUUCUGAAGUUUGUAGACACAAGAGAAGAGAUGAUUCUCCAAGACCUUAUGGUUUGAAGCACUCCACGCCUGUUGAUUUCAAUGAGUCCUGCAAGGCUUUAGCCAAACUUAGGAAAGCAUCUCAGCAUUAUUACAACGAGGUUGAUAUGAGGGAUGAUUCUCACAACAAGUUGAUAUCCGGGAGGAAGGUGAAAGAAUCUCCUAAGCUUUCGUUUGACAGUAGAGACCAGUUUGAUUUCAAAUCAGGUAAUAGUAAUAAGCUUUCUGAGAGUUUUAGUAGAAGCUCUAGCAUGAAGAAGGUUUCAGGUGGCACGAAACGUCCUCCUAGUGUUGUUGCAAAGCUAAUGGGUUUGGAAACAUUACCUGUUUCUCCAUUGGGCAGAGACAAGACCAACAACAUGUUUGGUGAUAACACUAGCUCACCAAGAAGCUUGGGGAAGGACCCAGCUUCUUCUUCUCCUCCUCCAAGAUGGAGAAACUCUGAGUUUGUUAUGAAGCCAUCAUCAAGUUUGAGAUUCCCCACUGAGCCAGCUCCAUGGAAGCAAUCUGAUAGAAACCAGUUUUCUCAGAAGCAGCAAGCCUGCAGGCCUGUGAAAGCUCUGUUGCAGUCAAUGGAAGGAAGGCUGAAAGGUGUUGAGUUUAAGCCUUCAGGAAAGGAUCUCAGAGCUCUUAAUGAGAUAGUAGAGACAAUGCAAACAAAAAGUGUGUUCAGUUCUAGAAAGCAGCCACAAUGCUCAAACUCAAGAGGUCUACAGAAUCAGGUUAUUCCACCAACUAUGAGAGGACCUAUUGUGAUUAUAAAACCUGCAAGACUUGUUGAAAAAUCUGGUAUCCCUUCAUCUUCUCUCAUUCCCAUUCCUAGUCUAUCUGGUCUUACUAAAGAAGAAGAAUCUGUGCAUGUUAAAAGAAACUCAACUAGUAAGAAGCCGGCUAAAGAACGUAGUAUCAGUUCUGUUGAUAGCAAAUCUAGCAGCAGAAACGUGCGGUCUUCUCAGGUUUCCAAAGAGAGCACAAGUCCAAGAUUGCGUCAGGUGAAGAAGCAUGAGAAUGAAAAGUGUUCUCGGCCACCAACCACUCCAUCUGAUUCAAGAAGACAAAGAAACCGGCAACCUGAAGAAUCUACUACUUCUCAUGGUGGUAGGCGUAGUAGACCCAGGGCUAAGCGGAUCUUGCAGCAAAAUAACGACCAACAAUGUAGCACUGAAACAGAAGCCAAACAAGCUACUAAAGCCGGUGAGGGAAAGAGUCCAACUGUAACAGAGGCAGCCAAAGCUGUAGUCUCUAACUUAAUGCAGAAUGUGAGUGACAAACAUUGCGAAGAAGACCAGUGGAAUCCAGCUUACAGCUUCUCAGAGACAACAACAACAACCACUUUAUCACCAGAGAUAAACCGAAAGAAGCUACAGAACGUUGAGCACUUGGUUCAAAAGCUGAAAAGACUAAACUCUAACCAUGACGAAACCAGCCAAGACUACAUUGCAUCACUAUGCGAGAACAAAGAUCCCAACACCGAUCACAGAUACAUAUCCGAGAUUCUGUUAGCCUCAGGUCUUCUCCUCAGAGACUUAAGCUCAGAGUUAACCACGUUUCAGCUCCACCCUUCAGGUCACCCGAUAAACCCUGAGCUAUUCCUCGUUCUUGAGCAAACUCAAAGAAGAAGCAGUAAUGAGAAGCUCAACCGCAAGCUUGUGUUCGAUGCUGUUAAUGAAACGCUCGUGAAGAAGUUAGCUUUUGUCGAAGAGGGCACGUGGAUGAAGAGGAAGGUCUUAUUAAGCGCACAACAGCUAUUGAAAGAAGUAUGUUCAGAGAUAGAAACGCUGAAAAAACAAACCAAGAAAAGAGAAGGUAACUUGUUGUUGUUGGAGGAUCAAGAAGAAGACUUCUUGAAAUGUAUAUUGGAUGAAGAUGUAACGACUCGAUCUGAGAAAUGGAUAGAGUUUGAAGAUGUAGUACCUGGUUUAGUGCUUGACUUAGAGAGGCUUCUCUUCAAGGAUUUGGUGAAUGAGAUCGUGCAUGGUGAGAUUGGUCGGCUACUAGUUAGUAGUUACUGA